AUGCACGUCAUCAAAACCAUCUGUUUUCUCUUCAACGUGGCCAUUGAGAUCGCCUCCAAUCAGGAUUGUUUCAGAUUUUGGUAUGGCAGCAAAUGUCAAUCCUUCUACGCUCGACCAUUUCUGCGAUUUCCAUGCUGCGGCCAGUCUGUCAUCCAACAUCGAGCGUUCCUGUCUAAGUACCAUAGAGAGGGCCAUUCUGAAUUUUUCUGCAACAUCCCUCCGCUAUUGCAUACAUCCCAGGGAUUCUUAGCACCCCUUGACCACUUAAGGCCUGCUGGGACCGUUGAAUUUUGGAAUAAAUUUUGGGAAAACUUUUUACAUCCGGGCACCAAUCCUUACGACAACCACCAGUUAAAGGUUAAAGGCGGAGAUCUCUUUGUAUUCAAACCCAGUCAUUGGAAUAGCAAGACCAGGCGCCUUUUACCAUUAAGCCAUCACGCCGUUAUAAGCGGUGGGCCUAGCCUUUUGCUCAAAAGCACGCAAGGCAGCGUGGAUGAAGUUUUAUUUCAUGCCCAGGACUAA